GAUGGAAUAGACCGAUCAAGUACGUCUGACCCACGCGGGACGGGAGACUCUGUUCUUGCGUUGGUCCGUCUUGUGAUUAAAGGAGUCCCCCUCUCUCUCUAUCUCUAUCUCUGUUCGAGUGUCUACCGGAGAGUAGGGUUUCUGGGUGAGCGCCGCCUACCUCUUGCUAUCGGGCUAGGAGAUCUAAGAGUAAAGGGACCUCCGAUCUGUGCUUCUUUCCGAGCGGUAAUUGCGGAUGGGAAGGGAGCGGGAGAUGGUGAGGCAGCAGCAGCAGCCUUCCUACACGGUUGAGCAACUCAUUGCCGUGAACCCGUACAACCCCGAAAUCCUCCCUGACCUCGAAAGCUACGUACAUGAGCAGGUCUCAUCUCAGACUUACAAUUUGGAUGCAAACCUUUGUCUUCUUCGACUUUAUCAGUUUGAACCAGAAAGAAUGAGCAUCCAGAUAGUGGCGCUGAUCUUGGUAAAGGCCCUCAUGGCAAUGCCGGCUCCUGACUUCAGCCUUUGCCUCUUUUUGAUCCCUGAAAGAGUGCAAAUGGAGGAGCAGUUUAAGACUCUCAUUGUAAUGUCUCACUAUCUAGAGACAGCAAGGUUUCGCCAGUUCUGGGAUGAGGCAGCAAAGAAUCGAAGCACAGUUGAAGUUGUGCCUGGUUUUGAGCAAGCUAUCCAAGCUUAUGCCAUUCACGUUCUUUCACUCACUUACAGGAAGGUGCCUAGGCCCGUCUUGGCAGAGGCUAUCAACAUUGAAGGUCUCUCCUUGGACAAGUUUUUAGAGCACCACGUGGCAAACAGUGGGUGGGUCCUAGAGAAAGGACAGGGCCGUGGCCAGCUGAUUGUGCUUCCUUCCAAUGUGUUCAAUCAGCCAGACUUGAAAAAGAACACGGCAGACACUGUCCCAUUGGAGCAUGUAACUAGGAUCUUUCCCAUUCUUUCAUAAUCCCAUAGUUGCUAAUCUCCGUACGGGCAUGUUUUCUAAUCAUGUUGCACACAAGAUGGAUUAAUGUUUAUUUGAGCAAUGUAUGGCUACGUAUACAAGCAUCACUUUUUGGCAUGUGGAUCCUCGUCAGAUAUGUUACACUAGGUGGUUGCCCCUAUUUUUCUAUUAUCUUCGCUGUUAUUCUAGCAUGCUCGUCAAAUCUGUGGGGGAUAUUUGUUUAGGAUACAAGUUCAUGAAUUCAUGCUUUGAUUGAUUUUUGUCUUUAAUCUAUUCACAUGCUAUUGAGGUUAA